UGCUAUCGCGGCUCUGGAUUCACACUACUCGUCCAGGCUGUUUGGCUGCACUCCAUACUCAAAUCAGGCUUCCAACAACAGAAAAUGAAAAAGUUUCCAACGAUUUACUGGUCAGGCAGAAGAGCACUGCAGUCAACACCAAAAUCUUCUCUGCCAAGUAGCCGUGGAGAGUAUGUCAUCACUAAGCUUGAUGAUCUGGUGAACUGGGCACGCAGGAGCUCUCUGUGGCCUAUGACCUUUGGCUUGGCAUGCUGUGCAGUAGAGAUGAUGCACAUGGCUGCUCCACGGUAUGAUAUGGACAGGUUUGGAGUGGUUUUUCGUGCAAGUCCAAGGCAGGCAGAUGUUAUGAUUGUGGCUGGAACUCUAACAAAUAAGAUGGCUCCUGCUCUCCGGAAGGUUUACGAUCAAAUGCCAGAACCACGCUAUGUCGUCUCCAUGGGCAGCUGUGCAAAUGGUGGAGGAUAUUAUCAUUACUCGUAUUCUGUGGUCAGAGGAUGUGACAGAAUUGUGCCUGUGGAUAUAUAUGUCCCCGGCUGCCCUCCCACCGCUGAAGCUCUUCUCUAUGGGAUUUUGCAGCUGCAGAAGAAAAUUAAGAGAGAGAAGAGAAUGCGAAUCUGGUAUAGGAAGUAACCGUUUAUUUAUGAAUACAGAUUUAUUUUUUUUCUUUUCCAAAAGAUAGGUUCUCUGUUAGUGCCAGGAACAUUAUAAAUCUUGGUGUUCGUUUGGCACAUCUAGAGUAGCUCACAUCUCUUAAAAGCUGUACAUAUAAACAAAUAAAUCAGUCUACUUGUGAA